AUGGCUCGCUUUUUGAUCCUCGCCCUCGUUGCGGGCGCUUUUGCCCGCGACUGUCGCCCCCGUAUCAACGACGAUAAACCGCUCAGAGACGGCGACUUUGAGGGUGGCAGAAACCCCUUUACAACCUCUGGCGACGAUGAAGUUGGAGGUCACAUCGUCUCUCCUGGAUACAACUCGGAACACAAGUUUCAAUCUUACAACAUGAUCGACAACAACCUACUCGAGAUGUACCAAGACGUCUACACUUCAGGAGGCAUCACCUACACGUGCACCUACAACUGGUACUUUGAUAACUACUACGAGACCACAUACAAGAACGGGAGAACUUAUGUUCCCUACCUCCGAUUCUACCAGAACAACGAUUUGAUUGGUAACCGCUAUCCGACGGGAGAGGAUCAGGUUGGAGACUGGCUGAGUGGCAGCAUCACCUUUACCACAUCGGAGGGGGGAUACGAUCGUAUCUGGAUCGAUGCUGCUAGUCCACAGCCGCCUACUGGAGAGGGCUCCGGUGACAAUGCCCUCUCGAUAGACAAUAUUCAGUGUGUGAGGCAAUAA